CGUCCUCUUGUCUCUGUCAGCCCCAGCCUGCCCCCACCCCACCCAGCCCGCGCCCACUCCACAUCUUCGAACAGUCACACACCCGACUUCUGUGAUGCUUGGUGGCCAGGCUGGGGGGUGGGGGUGGGAGGCCUGGGCCUAGGACACACUGGAAUAUUCACAACCCAGUGGCGGCAGAGGCAGCCGUAGGAGUGGCCCACCACACAAGGAACCUCUCGGAAUGAAGCAGCCUUUCAGGGCCAGAGGGGCUGCAGUCUCCCCUCUCUCCUUAAAUAGCCAGCCUUCCAGCGGCACGGAGCCCACCGCCAGCGCCACCACCCACUGACCACAGCCCACCUGCCGCCGCGCAGCCCUCCUGCCCUUGUGCCUGCACCCAGCUGUAAGAGGGAUGGCACCCAGCCUCCUCCUCCAGGAGCUGCUGUGCUCAAAGAGCUGCCACCAUGCCUCCAGAGGGAAUUGAGGCCAGGAGACGCUUGCCGAGAACUUGCUCCAGCUGCCUGCCUGCUCAGUACAGAGCCAGGCUCAGCCAGGAUCACAUCCCUGACCCUGCCAUGGCCACAGCCUGUGCUCCUCCUCCAGCUGCUGGGAUGCCACUUCUCUCCUGUGAGCUCCUCUCCUGCCCCUGCAGCCCAGCCACAUAGGUGGGCAGUGUGGGUGUCAGGAGGCCAGGCUUCCAGGGAGGCCCCAGAAGCUGCCCUGCAGGCUCUGGAACCCAUCUGCUUGUUCCCUCCAGGCUCGUCCCCCAGCUCUGCUUCCGGCUGAAGCAUGAAUGGCAUAGAGGUGGCUUCCUCGGGUCUGACUGCUAACUCCUCCCUGGCCACCGCACAGCAAUGCGGCCAGGAGACGCCACUGGAGAACAUCCUCUUUGCCUCCUUCUACCUCCUGGAUUUCAUCCUGGCUUUUGUUGGCAAUGCCCUGGCCCUGUGGCUCUUCAUCCGGGACCACAAGUCAGGCACCCCUGCCAACGUAUUCUUGAUGCACCUGGCUGUGGCCGACCUGUCCUGCGUGCUGGUCCUGCCCACCCGCCUCGUCUACCACUUCUCUGGGAACCACUGGCCAUUUGGGGAAAUCCCGUGCCGACUCACCGGCUUCCUCUUCUACCUCAACAUGUAUGCCAGCAUCUACUUCCUCACUUGCAUCAGCGCUGACCGCUUCCUGGCCAUCGUGCACCCUGUCAAGUCCCUCAAGCUCCGCAGGCCCCUCUACGCACACCUGGCCUGUGCCUUCCUCUGGGUGGUGGUGGCCGUGGCCAUGGCCCCACUGCUGGUGAGCCCACAGACGGUGCAGACCAACCACACGGUCAUCUGCCUGCAGCUGUACCGGGAGAAGGCCUCCCACCACGCCCUUGUGUCCCUGGCCGUGGCCUUCACCUUCCCGUUCGUCACCACCGUCACCUGUUACUUGCUGAUCAUCCGCAGCCUGCGGCAGGGCCCCCGUGUGGAAAAGCGCCUCAAGAACAAGGCGGUCCGCAUGAUCGCCAUGGUGCUCACCAUCUUCCUGGUGUGCUUCGUGCCCUACCACGUCCACCGUGCUGUCUACGUGCUGCACUACCACGGCGGCGGCACCUCGUGCGCCACCCAGCGCAUCCUGGCCCUGGGAAACCGCAUCACCUCCUGCCUCACCAGCCUCAACGGGGCGCUGGACCCAGUCAUGUACUUCUUUGUGGCCGAGAAGUUCCGCGACGCCCUGUGCAACCUGAUCUGUGGCAAAAGGCUCUCAGGCCCACCCCCCAGCUUUGAAGGGAAAACCAACGAGAGCUCGCUGAGCGCCAGGUCGGAGCUGUGAGCCCCAGGACAGGACGACAGGAGGGGACCGACGCCAGCCUUGGGCCCCACCCCUGCCGCACUGUCACAGACUGUCCUCAGAGGGACUCCCCCGCCGGGGCACCUGCGACCCAGACUGGAGGAGUGUGCCUUCUUCCCGGCACGUCCCUGCCGCCCUCUCCAAGGGCAGAACUCAGUACCCAGCACCCGGCUCCGGCUCCGUCUGAUCUGAUGCGCAAGUCCCUAAAACUGGACACCCCUUGAUGGGCCCAAUCAGCCACCCCGUCUGCAGAGACUUUGCUGGCACUGCUCACUCGCACUUACUAGAUAUUCAGUGACUUCAUCGCGUGGGGGUGGGAGGGGAGGAGGCCAGGGGAACAGCUCCUGAACAAUGAGCGUCUUUCUUUCCCAAGGGCUGCUUGCUAGACUCCCAAUGUCCUUCCCGCCACAAAGAACACACAGCAGCAAAGCUCUGCAGAAAGAACCCCAGGAGGCAGCUGCGAAUGACUCAAGAGAAGGCGGAGCAGGAAUCUUGGUGGAGGGGUAAGGACUUUGAGUUCCCUGGGUGGCACCUUUGCCAGACGCCCCCUAAGUUUAGGGGUCAUGGACUCUAACUCCUAGCUGAGUAUUAUAAGCACCUGGCCACCAGGUGACAUCCAACAACGCGGUCUCUGGGCACGUCACCCUGGUUCUGGGUUCCGGAUCCCUCCCGCGGUGAGCCCACACGGGCCUGCAUGUAGCCCGACAAUCUCUGGAGCUGCCUAAUCCCUGCUGAGUUGGUGGUGCACACAGCACGGUGGACAGAUAUGGGGAGCCAGGCUCCAUCACUGCCCUAGGACACCUCCGGCAGGGAGUCAUGCCUGGCAUGUGACCCUGUCUCCCACUAGCCCAGGCCAGCAGGGGCAUCCUGAGCCCUGCCCCCUCUCAGGAGGCUUGACCAACCACAGGGGGCCAACCUUUGAGCUGUUCUAUUCCCUGGCAUGGCACCUACCACCCUGGCAGGUCCCUUUUGGCACUUGAUCAUACUGAUCAUAACCAUAACUGUACUGUGAUGCUGAAGGUUUUCGUGAGUGGGUAACAUAACCACCUUCCCAGACCUCCUCCCCUGCACCCAAGAAUGGCAAAGCAGAAGUGAAGACAGGAGAAGCCAGGCAGCACAGGCUUUUGCCUCUGGUUCUGACAGCCCCCCAUGCAGGCUGGCCCCACGUGGACACUAAGUCCUGUAUCACAGGCCUCAGAGGGCUGGCCCAGGCCAGGGGGUCUGAGCAGGGCCGCACUUCCAUUACUUUACUUCUCAAGUGCUUCCAGCCGCUCCCAGGACAGAGGGCUCAGUGUGAGCUGUAGCUCAGAAGGAGAGAGGGCUUGCUCGGGCCCACACCCUGCAGGUGACCUCCAAUUGGCACGGGACUCCUGUGACACCAUCUGUCCCCCCAGCCCGCCCGUAGACAACGAUACAGGCACCUCCUGCCCAGUCACCUGCAGAUACCAAGAGCAACAGCAGUCAACAUGGAGCAGGCAGGUGGGUGAGAUCGCUAUAGGCAGUGGUCAGAGCAUGGGAUACAGUGGCAGAGAACAGAGGGGUGAAAAGGUAGGAGAGGCCAGGGAGUCAGACAGACGGGUAGGGUGGGUGGUGAUCUUUAUCAGCACAGGGAGACUGGUAGUCAGCAGAAGAGAAACCAGUUUGUUUGGGGCCCGUUGUUGCCUUGGGAUGCCCAGUGGACACCAAGCAGACAUGGUACACAGGCAGCUGAAGACCCCAGGGAGAGUUGUACAUGGGGUGGAGGCAUGUCCACCCCAUCCAGAUUGUCCAGCACAUGCCUGCCAGCCAGGGCUCUGGGACUUCGGACAGACAUGAGGGCCAUGUACUGAACCCCAAAUCAGAGAGAAGAGGGCCCAGCACAGCCACGAGGCAGGAGGAAACCACGAGAACACAGGGUCCUGGGCACCGGGGCAGGAGGCACUCCAGCCAGAAGCGAGAGCUGCCCUGAAGCCUGCUGAGAGGUCAAGAGAGGACCAGCAGGCCCCUGCGGGUCUGGAGGGCAAGAGGAAUGACCAGCCUGGCAGUGGGAGGAUGUGAGAGGAGGGUGCUGGAACAAGCUCCAGAGAACCACAGUGGGAGGGAGCACAGCUCUGGGAGAAAGAGGCAGACUGAAGCAGAGAGCCCUGCCAGAGAGGAGGGUGGGGAGCCACGGGACGUUGGGAGGAGCAGGACAGGGCCUCCAUGAUGUGCUGUGACUGAGGCAGGGGCAGUGCCAGUGCAGGGAGCAGGGAAAGUCAUUGUGGGGGGAGGCCCUUGCUCUGGGAGGGUAGGAGGUAUAGAGAUGGUACUGGGAGAUAAGAGCCAGUCUUCCUAGAAGCCGGGAAAUUAGUCUACCAAGGAAACUGAUCAUGAGGUGCCCUGAAUUGAAGAGUCAACUUGGGCCCCCUGGUUCAAUGAUUUCAGCGGGAUUUAGCCCUGGGCACGCGGAAGGAGGUGGGUAGUGGGGUCAGUGGCGUGUGGUGGCCAGGCAGCAGUGAUGAUCCACCCACUGCAUCUCAUGGCUCCUGCUCCAGCCACCUUCCCCCUGGCUGCCUGUUGUCCAUCUGCUCCUGGGAGCACCCUCAGGCACGAGGCAGGUGCUGACUGGUCACCUCCUGCUCUCUCCAGCCCUGGCUCUCACCUGUAAACCAGGGGUCUCUUCUGCUUUGCAGGGACGCAGCAUGUGGCACAUACCACAUGGGCCUGGUGCUCACUGAGCAGUGCCUGGGUGAGGGCCCUCCUCCCACCCAGAACCCGCCCACCUCACCUGCCAGCAUUCUUCACGAAGCCCAGGUCAGCCAGCUCCACGUCACACAGCUCACAGCGGAAGCACCCUGGGUGCCAGUUGUUGUUCAUGGCCUUGAUGACGCGGCCAAUGAUAAACUCACCUGGAAGAGAUGGGUCCCUGCUUGCUGAGGCAAGCGUGUGCCCCCCCCACAAACCCCCUCCCAGGCCCUGCCCACCCUGGCACUCGCCUGACCCUCAGCCUGGUUACAGUGCUCCCCUCCCAGAGCCUGGGAAGGUGAUGCCUGCAGAUGCUGGGGCUCAGAGAGGGGGUCAGGGAAGUGCGCCUGUAACUCCCCGCCCACCUGCCCAAUCCCAGGCACACAGGGGAGUGUGCUGCAUCCAGCCCUUACCGCAGGAUCCACAGCAUGGAGCAAAUAGCAUUUGGAAGUCAUGUUCGCAGUACUUCCGGCCUUCAAACUGCAAAUGGGCCAGCAGAGAAAGUUCAGGCAAACCCUCAUCAUUCCCCCUGAGCUGGUCAGUCUUUGUUGGAUAAGGACCCACCCUCAGGAAGGCUAGACAAGCACCCCAAUUUGUGCAAUUGCUACCGUUGCAGGAAGCAGAAUGCAGCACCCAACCCUCCCACCAGAGAAGGCUUCCUGGAGGAGAUGGUAAGGAGCUGGAAGAGACUGCAGGGGUUGAGGGUGCUGAGAGGAAGGCAUUCCAGAGCCUAGAGAUGGGAGGGAAUCUGCUAGAACUGGCCCUUUCAACAGGGCAGGAGGGCGUGCAAAGUGAGGGGUCUCCAAGAAGUUGGGAACCUGUUAAGGCCAGCCCUCCAAAGCCACUGUUGUUUGUGCAAGACCUUGGCCCUGGUGGUCCUGGGAGGGAGCCGAGGGCUGGGAUCAAGUCUGAUUUAUAAAUGUCACUUGGCCCUACUUCCUGUGUGUCUCCUCUGUGUGAGAAGUCCAUUUCCCCCAGAGGUCACAAGAGCCCCAGAGUGGGGAGACAGAACAAGGGACACAGGAAAAAUAUGGGGGCCUGAGGAGAACCCUAAGUCCUGCAGCCAGCAGAAGCCACUCUGGGCACCAGCCAUCAUCCCCAUCUGCCGGGGUAAUGAUGGCCCUUGCACCGGCCCCAAGGGUGGCAAACCUUGCCUCUGCCUUCUUCUUCUUUGACAAUUUUCUCUUCCUUUAAAAAAAUGUUGGUUUGCCCUCUUCUCUGAGAUGAGAAUCCUGUUGGGCUGCAACUGAAUAUAGCCCUACCCAGUGGCCUGUGGAGGUGGCAGGGUGUGAAAUUCAUUCAGCAACGCACAUUUCCUGAGCAUCUACUGUGUGCUGGGCUUUGUUCCAGGCACGUGGCCACCUCAAACGGAGCUGUGCCUCGGCUCACCCUGCCUCCACAGCGGGCCAGCGCUUCCUAGGAGGCUGGCAGACUCCUUGAGGAACAGCUGCCCCGACACUGCCAGAAGGAGUUCACAUACCACACAGCCAUCUGUCAAUCCCAUCAGCUGUACCUUCGAAGUCUCUCCAGCCUCUGCACCCUGGGCACCACCUCCACUGCAACCCCAGUGGUGCACUGGGAAAUGAUUACCCACCAGCCCUUUGGAAAAUGGGGUCCAAUCUGUAGCAUUUACCAAUUUCUAUGGUGUAAAUAUUCCUGCCAUGGACAAUGCCAUACCAACAUGCCAUCAGCAUGGAGUUAAGUAUGUGCAGCGGCCAUCAGGGUACUGUUUCUACCACCCGGAGACAAUAGACAAAUAACCUCAAAGGCAUAGAUGAUAAUAGAAAAUAAUAAAAUAAUUAGGAAAUGGUGGAUUUUGAGUAUGUAUUUCCCUUGUUUUCAAUAAAAUUUUAUCUCAC